UUGAACGGGAAGGAUGUUUCGUUUGGCUGCUGUUUGAAUUCUUUGAUUUUAUUUGUGUUUGCAGCGUCACUUUUUUUUAAAUCAAUCCAUUUCUCCGUGUGUGUGUGUGUGUGUGAAACUGAACAGAAAAGGUGCCCGUACAAAACAAACUGUCGCCAUGUGGUUGGAAGUUUUGUGAGCUAUUUGGAUUUUGAUAUUCUACAUACAGAGAAGAAAGCAAAGAACGCUACGGUGUUGGUGUGUGUGUGUGUGCGUCCCUGUUUUUGUUGCUGCCAUUAAAAAUGGGGACCGACCACAGUGGAUUACUGAUGCUGUUGGGCAUUUUACUCUUUUUCUCGGCUUCAGUCCAAGGAUUCGUUUCGUGUUCGCCUAACCCUUGCAAGAAUGGAGCGUCGUGCGUCUCAAACCCGCGCGGCGAGUCUUACUGCAGUUGUCCUCCACAGUACGUAGGCGAGUACUGCCAAUUCGCCAAUCCCUGCCAUACAGGACCAGGACCUCGGUGCCAAAAUGGCGGCACUUGCGCCGUCAAGAUGUCGACUAAUGCUGUGCCCAGCUUCUCUUGUUCGUGCCCUUUGGGUUAUUCGGCCUCGCUGUGUGAGAUUCCGGUGCCCAACGCCUGCGACACGGGACCUUGCCAACACGGCGGAACAUGUCUACUCCGCACGCUGGAUAAUUACACUUGCGCCUGCCCAUCCGGCUUCCGAGGUGCCAAGUGCGAAGCGGUCGACCACUGCGCACUCCAUCCGUGCAAGAACGGCGCCCAGUGCACAUCUUUGUCGGAUUCGUACCGUUGCACCUGCGCCCCAGGAUUCACCGGAGCAACUUGCGCCGUGGACAUCGACGAAUGUAAACGCAACCCGUGCGUUCACGGACGUUGUGUCAACACGCACGGAUCAUACAAAUGCAACUGCCACACGGGUUUUACGGGCCAGAAUUGCGAAAAUCAGUACGUGCCUUGCAGUCCAUCUCCGUGCCAAAAUGGCGGUGUUUGCAAAGCCAUCGAUUCUCUCAACUACGAAUGCCAUUGUCCGCCUGGUUUCACUGGUGUGAAUUGUCAAGAAAAUGUCAACGACUGCCCGGGUCACUUGUGUCAAAAUGGCGCUACUUGCGUCGAUGGCGUCAAUUCGUACACGUGCCAAUGUCCACCAUCUUUUACCGGCCCUUAUUGCAGUAACGACGUUGAUGAAUGUGCCCUAAGACCAAGCGUGUGCAAAAAUGGUGCCACGUGUACCAACACCAUCGGCGGAUUCUCUUGCAUUUGCGUCAACGGAUGGACCGGAUCCGACUGUUCGGAAAAUAUCGACGAUUGCGCCGGUGCCGCUUGCUUCAAUGGCGCCACUUGUCACGACCGCGUCGGCAGCUUCUUUUGCCAAUGCGCUCCAGGUAAAACCGGAUUGCUUUGUCAUUUGGACGAUGCCUGUGCUUCGAAUCCGUGUCACGCCGGAGCGAUCUGCGAUACAAGUCCCAUUGAUGGCACUUACAUGUGCUCAUGCCCCAACGGAUACAAAGGAGUCGACUGUACCGAAGACAUCGACGAAUGCGAAGCCGGUUCUCCCUGCGAACACGACGGACUUUGCGUCAAUACUCCAGGAUCGUUCCGCUGUAGUUGCACUCGUGGUUUUACCGGCCCCCGAUGCGAAAUUAACAUCAAUGAAUGCGACUCGAAUCCUUGCCAAAAUGACGGAACUUGCCUCGAUGAACGUGGAGCCUUCCGCUGUGUCUGCAUGCCAGGCUACACUGGAGUCCAUUGCGAAGUUGACAUCGACGAGUGCGCCUCAAACCCUUGCAUCAAUGGCGGUAUCUGUACUGAUAUGAUCAAUGGCUACAAAUGUGUCUGUCCGCCUGGCUUCUCUGGAAAGAAAUGCCACAUCAACAUCGACGAUUGUGUCAGCGCUCCCUGUCAAAACGGUGGCGUCUGCCGCGAUUCUGUUGCUGGAUACACAUGCGACUGCCCCCAAGGAUUCACUGGAUUGAAUUGCGAAGUCAACAUCAACGAUUGCCAGAGUUCCCCUUGUCAUCACGGAGACUGUGUCGAUGGUGUCAAUUCGUUCACUUGCCAAUGCCAUCCUGGAUAUAACGGACUGUUAUGUCAGACGCAAAUCAAUGAAUGCGAAUCGAAUCCUUGCCAGUUUGGUGGACAUUGCGAAGAUCUUAUCAGCGGCUAUCAGUGCCGCUGUCAACCUGGAACUUCCGGUCGCAAUUGCGAGUACAACGUCAAUGAAUGUUUCAGCAAUCCGUGCCGCAAUGGAGCCACAUGUAUUGAUGGUAUCAAUCGCUACACUUGCGAUUGUGUUCCAGGGUUCACCGGCCAGCAUUGCGAGACAAACAUCAACGAAUGCGCCAGCAAUCCCUGUUCCAACGGAGGCAAAUGCACGGACUUGGUCAACGGAUUCAAAUGCGACUGUCCUCGUGGUUAUUUCGACGCCCGCUGCUUGAGCGAUGUCAACGAAUGCGAAUCCAAUCCGUGUAUGAACGGUGGCAGUUGCGAAGAUGGUGUUAGCCAAUUUAUUUGUAAUUGCCCCAAAGGCUACGGAGGUAGAAGGUGUGAACUCAACAUUGACGAAUGCCAGUCUAAUCCUUGCCAACACGGAGGCACUUGCCGUGACGCCCUCAACAACUACACUUGUACAUGCACCAAAGGUUACAGCGGUCGUAAUUGCGAGCUCAAUGUUGAUGAUUGUGCCUCGACGCCAUGUCGUCAUGGAGGUUCGUGCAUCGAUCUGGUGCAUGACUAUCAGUGCGUGUGCGAUCUACCGUACACUGGCCGUAACUGCGACGCGGAAUUGGACCCGUGCGCACCCAACAAGUGUCGCAAUGGAGCCAAAUGCACUCCGUCUAGCAAUUAUCUGGAUUUCGCCUGUACUUGCGAACUAGGCUACACUGGUCGUUUGUGCGAUGAAGACAUUGACGAAUGCGCUAUUUCUUCACCGUGUCGCAACGGGGCCACAUGCCAAAACACCAACGGAUCUUACGUCUGCCUCUGUGCCAAAGGCUACGAAGGGCGUGAUUGUUUGACCAACACCGAUGAUUGCGCUACUUUCCCCUGCAAAAACGGCGGCACUUGCCUCGAUGGAAUCGGAGAGUACACAUGCCUUUGCGUCGAUGGAUUUGGGGGCAAACACUGCGAGUCGGACAUGGACGAAUGCGCUUCCAGUCCGUGCCGCAACGGCGCCACUUGUCGAGACUACGUCAACUCGUACACUUGUACGUGUCCGUUGGGUUUCUCCAGCACCAAUUGUCAAACCAAUGACGAAGAUUGUACGGCUAGUUCCUGUAUGAACAACGGUACCUGCGUCGACGGCAUCAAUACCUACACUUGUCUUUGUCCGCCCGGCUACACCGGUUCAAACUGCCAGUUCCGGAUCAACGAAUGCGACUCGAACCCUUGUCUCAACGGAGCCACUUGCAGCGAUCGCCUUGGAUCUUAUCUUUGCCACUGCCCAUAUGGAUUCACCGGAACGCGUUGCGAAAGCUUCGUCGAUUGGUGUUCCAUGGGCGGUAUUUCGCAUACGGGAUCUCAACUUCUUCCUGGACAACCCGGACAAGGCCCUUGCUUCAAUGGAGCUACUUGCAAACAAGUUAAUCAGACGUAUCAGUGCACCUGCGCACCGGGUUGGACUGGAAUCCUUUGCGACGUUGAGAUGGUCUCUUGUAAAGAUGCCGCUCUUCGUAAGGGAUCUGCCGUUUCCGAACUCUGUCGCCAUGGCGGAAAAUGCGAAGACAUUGGCAACAGUCAUCGAUGCGUCUGUGCUGAAGGUUAUACGGGCAGCUACUGUCAGCACGAAAUCAACGAAUGCGACUCGGCACCUUGCCAGAAUGGAGCUACAUGCAAAGAUCUCAUUGGCUCUCAUUCUUGUACUUGCCCACCCGGUUUCCAAGGCCCUAAUUGCGAGUAUAACAUCAACGACUGCUACUCGAAUCCAUGCCAGAAUGGCGGCGUCUGCCACGACUUGGUCAAUGCCUUUUCUUGCUCUUGUCCGCACGGAACUCUGGGCAUUCUUUGCGAAAUCAAUGUCAACGAAUGUUUCGAAGGAGCUUGCCACCACGGAGGCGCUUGUAUCGACAAGAUCGGCGCGUUCGAGUGCCAAUGCCCGCCUGGUUUCGUCGGACCACGCUGCGAAGGUGAUGUCAACGAAUGUCUUUCGGAUCCUUGCUCGGCUACUGGAACUCUCAACUGCGUCCAACUUGUCAACAACUAUCGCUGCCAUUGCAAACCGGGCUACAUGGGCCGUCAUUGCGAACUUAAGAUCAACUUUUGCGAGAGCUCACCGUGUAACAAUGGUGGUAUGUGCGUCAAUGGUGAGUUGGGACACACUUGCGUCUGCCCUGCUGGAUUCUCCGGCAAGAAUUGUGAUUCCAGCUCUGAAUGCGAUUCGACACCUUGUCAAAAUGGUGGAACAUGCCGACCUUACCAACAAGGAUUCCUCUGCACUUGUCCGCCAGGUGUAAGUGGCACACGUUGUGAAUUGGAUUCGUACGACGAAUGCCAGUCCAAUCCCUGCAAGAACAACGGUGUUUGUCGCAAUCGAAUGGGCAAAUUUGACUGCAACUGUCCAGCAAGUUGGAAUGGCCGCCAGUGUGAAUCGUACGAUCCGCGAUUCAUGGGUGGCAUCGGUCGUGAAACGACGCCGAACGGCAUUUCGGAAGAACGACUUCGAGAUAAAAUCAAAUGCGCUAGUCAAGGAUGCCAUGACAAAUCAGGAAAUGGUAUCUGCGACGAAGAUUGCAACACCCCUGGCUGUGAUUUCGAUGGAGGCGAUUGUUCGUUGGGCGUUAGCCCGUGGGUCAACUGCACCGCCUCCGUGCCGUGCUGGGAAUUGUUCAAGAACAAGGUGUGCGAUGAAGAAUGCAACAACCCGGAAUGCCUUUUCGACGGCCACGACUGCGAUAAACGCGGCGACGUGCAACCCUGUAACCCCAUUUACGACGCCUAUUGCCAAAAUCAUUACGCCAACGGGCGAUGCGACGACGGCUGCAACAAUGCCGAAUGCAAUUGGGAUGGACUCGAUUGUGAACAACAAGAGCCGUCCAUCUUAGCUGUUGGCUCCGUUUCAAUGGUACUCGAGAUGGAUCUUCCCACCUUUAGAAAUAUGAGCGUUGCCUUCGUCCGUUCCAUUGGUCGGCAGCUUCGCACCACGGUCCGCAUUAAACUCGAUCCUCAGGGCAACGAAAUGGUCUACCCUUGGAAUAUCGGUGACGAACCGUCGAAAGCUUUUUCAUUCGGCUCGUCACAUCUGUAUCCUCACGGAGCCCGUGGAGUCAUCGUCUUUGUCGAAAUCGAUAAUCGGAAAUGCACCCAAGUCCUCGGUGGCGAAUGUUUCUCCAGAGCCAGUCAAGUUGCUCAAUUUUUGGCUGCCUCAGCAUCGGACCAUUCCCUGGAUGCUGAUUUCCCUAUCCAUCGAGUCUUGGGACUUGAUGCCGGACCACCGGAAAUUCCCAUCGAUUCUACCUACGCAAAACUGACUUACGUCAUCGUUGGCGCUUUGUGUGUCUUGGUCGUGGCCCUUGUGGUCGGUGUCCUGGUCACGACGUCGCGUAAGCGCCAACGAGGUAUCACCUGGUUUCCCGAUGGAUUCCUGAGCAACAGCGUCAGCGUCCAGCGUAGAACGUCACGCCGUCGUGGACCCGACGGCCAAGAAAUGCGCAACCUCCACAAACAGCCAUCGACCAACCGACUGGACAUCGAUCCUUCCAUGGGAAUGGGUAUGGGAAUGCCUCCUGACAUGUCUGGCUACAUGGAUCAUGGCAACAUGGGCAUGGAUGGAUCCCGCUGGUCUGAUGACGAAGAUUCUAUGGACCGACCACCCAUGAAGCGCAUCCGUUCAUCCGAGGGUGGCUACUCUAGUGACCAGACGGCCAUGACUGAAUACGAUGAGAACGACCCACGCCCUUGGACCCAACAACAUUUGGACGCUGCCGAUGUUCGACCGGACAUGUCAGGUGUGGCUUUUACUCCACCCAACCAAUACGGAUCGCCUGAUAUCUCUGGUGUGGAAGUUGAUGUUCGCGGACCGUACGGAUUUACCCCGUUAAUGAUCGCUUCCUAUCGCGGCAACGGACUUGAUACUGGCGAAGAUGAUGAAGAAGACGGUUCGGCCGCCAUCAUUCAAGACCUAUUGAUGCAAGGAGCCAAACCCAACGCUACUAUGGACAAGACAGGCGAAACAUCACUUCAUUUGGCCGCUAGGUACGCCAGGGCUGAUGCUGCCAAGAGAUUAUUAGAAGCCGGAGCCGAUGCCAAUGCUCAGGAUAACACUGGCCGCACUCCACUUCACGCAGCUGUUGCUUCCGACGCUCAAGGAGUCUUCCAGAUAUUGCUUCGCAAUCGUGCUACUAAUUUGAAUUCGCGCAUGCAUGAUGGCACUACUCCACUCAUCUUGGCUGCUCGUCUAGCCAUCGAAGGAAUGGUUGAGGAUUUAAUCAACGCUGAUGUGGACAUCAACUCAGCUGAUGACCAAGGAAAGACCCCACUUCAUUGGGCCGCCGCUGUAAACAACAUUGAUGCCGUUAAUAUUUUACUCUCGCACGGGGCCAACAAAGACGCGCAAGACAAUAAGGACGAGACACCAUUAUUCCUGGCAGCUCGUGAAGGCUCCUUUGAGGCCGUUCGCGCCAUGCUUGAUCAUCACGCCAACAGAGACAUCCCGGAUCAUAUGGACAGGCUUCCUCGCGAUGUGGCUCAAGAGCGGCUUCAUCACGAUAUCGUCCGUCUCUUGGACGAGCACAUCCCUAGAAAUAACCAUCAUGUUAUGCCGAUGAACAGUUCUCAGGCAAGCAGUGUCAACAGAAACAAUGACGUUGCCGCUCAGAAUGAGCCGGCUCCGACUGGGACGACAGGUCGACCACCUAAACCCAAGAAGCGUCCAAAGUCCACCGUGGCCGCCGCCCGCGAAACGCAGCGCCAUCUGGGCAGCAGCAUUUCCAACUUGGACGACGCUCCAGUAGCAGCCACAGCAGCCACCAACACCAACACGGCCACCAAAAGGCGUACCAACACCAAUGGCCGCAAGAAAAAGAACGACAAUGCUGGCAGUACCAACACUGUUCAGAGCGUCGACAGCGUUUCAACAGUUUCGUUGACCCUAUCGCCGGCUAACUCCCACUCACUAGAAUCUCCACCAACUGUGGAAAUGGGCGCCACUCCGAGCCCUUACAGCGUUAUGACUUACGGUGGCAGUCACCCGCACAUGCCGUCGGGCAAUCCGCCGCAACCGCCACCUUACGACGAGUGCAUGAAAACGGCUGCGUCAAUGCAAGCCAUUCAUAUGUCGAACAUGGAUCCUUCUACCAACUACGGCUACGUUCACUACGACUACCGCAACCAUCUUCCGCAGCAGCAGCAGCAGCAACAGGCGCAACACGCACAGCAAUCAACCAUCCAUCAGAGGCAGACUUCGUUACCAGCAUCGACGGUGUCGUCGGGCAUGAACGCUAGCCUCCAGCAACAGGCCAUGUCCUACAAUGCCUUGGCCGUCAACACGGCGUACCAGUCGUCUCUCUCGCCGCCUCAGUUCGCUCUAUCGCCACCGGCCAGUAGCUACGCAGGUUCACCUCCUCAACAGAACCUGGUUCAGAAUGGCAUCACGUCGCCAUCUAAAGGAGGAAGCCGGCCUUCCUUGCCGACUUCGCCAACUCACAUUGCGGCUAUGAGGGCUGCUGCUCAACAACGGACAGGCUUCGAGUUCCCCGAGACGAUGAUGAGCUAUCGUAAUACCAACACGGGGAUGCCCCAAUACUACCAACAGCACUACCCUACGCCGCCCCAUUCGCACAUGGAUCCUUCGCCUUCUCAGCAUGUUUUGCAUCCUCCCGAAGCCUAUCUAACCCCGUCUCCGGAAUCUCCUGGACAAUGGAGCUCAGCUUCGCCUCAUUCGACCUCUGACUGGUCGGAAGGAAUGUCUAGCCCACCCAAUCCCAACAUGUCUUUUGUACCACCUUCACACGCUAAACACACAGAAGGCAUUUACAUUUAAGUGCCAUUUUUAAAGAUGUCAACGCCUUUUGUGUGUGUGCAAGUGAUCUCUUGGGUUCUAAACUUUUGAAAUAGCGAGUUUGCAUGUGUCUUUGUGUACAUAGGAUCUUUUUCUUUGAAAACCAAGUGUACCAAUUGAAAUUGACCUUUAAAUUAAUUACUGUUCCUGUUAAUCACCGACUUCCAGCUUUCAUCGUCUGUCCGUUUUCCGGUGGCGAAAAUCAGAGGAGAUAUACAUCGUAAUUGUCA